UAAACAGCGGAAACAGACACCUGAUUCAAAGCAAAUUUCCUACCAAAACCACAUUCUCACCGAGCUCUGUGAAUACUCAGCCUGUGAGUCCCUGAAGAGAUGCAACAAGUCGUUCACUUUAUCAGGGCCAUCAGGAGAAGUGUAUUAGCUGUAGACUGCUGUUCAAACAGUUUUGAUUUGUCUUGUUUGAUAUGGUUCAUCUUGAAGGGGGUGGUGGUGGUUACCUGCCUCACUAAUCUCCUCAGCAGCUUUUAUCAUGGAAAUCUUUCUCAGUAAACAAGCGGCGGGUGAGAAUCGUCUGGUGUUGAGGGGAGAACGGCUGUUUAAGCCGCUGAAAGGUGUGCCAUUAACACGGCAAUCGGCCAGAAAUCCGUCUGACUUUGAAGCAGGAGAGACUUUGGUGGGGAAAAAAGGGAUGAUGGGAAAUGUUGCUUUUCACACAAACUUUAGAGAAAGGUUGAAAUGAAGACUCCUCCACUUGAACUGAUAUGAAGGGUCAGAUCAAUAAUCCAUAGCAGGGUUGACUAAUUGAGCCAUAUGCAGCCUUUUAAGAAAGCAUUUUUUUAUUAUAUAUAAUGAGCUUCAAAUGUGCUUUUGUGUGAAUUCUCUCAGCUGAGGGUUCAUUUUUUUGACCAAAGACAAUAUUUGACAAAGAAAUGUGUGCAAGCUUUGGGGUCACAGAGGGAGCUCCUCUGGAGAACCAUCAGUGGAGUGUUUACAAAGUAGGAUGCAUCUGUGAGCGUGAUGGGAUGAAACAGAAGGCUGUCUCUCUGUGAUCCGGAGGAUCCCCUGCCCCUCCCCUGCCGAUCGAAUCUGAUAAAAAGGGCUGCUCUGGGUGCGUCAUGGCCACAAGGAGGGGAGUGCGUCUCCACUCUCUGAUUGGCCCGCCUCCACGCAGCUCGGCCUUUAUUCUGAAGCCCCCAUAUUGCCGAGCUCUCAACCCAAAACACACCAUGAUGUCACGGGCGGGCACAGGACGGACGCAGCGGGUUCAAGGCGUUUGAGAAAGAAGGUCUUGACCCCGAUUUAGAAACGGAUACUGGAAGGGGGGGAGGGCGGAUCACCCGUCUUCGUGGAAGCUCCAACAAGAGGCUGUUAAAAAGGGAAACCAGCUUUCAAGAGGUUUUUUUUUUUUAUUAGAUUUCUACAUCUCUUCUGAAAGAACAAAAAAGAAAAAGAAAGAAAUACAUUUCUUUAAUUGGGACCAAAAACGCCUAUAAUUAACCUGAGAAAGGCAGAAGACCCAGAUAUGCUCGGCAGUGAAGGAGAAAACAGCUCCUACUCUAAAGAGUCGGCGGACGCGAGGCGCAAGUCUCCAGCCGCGGACGCAGAGGAACCGAGCAACAGGUACGCAGAGCACGGGAUGGACUCCGAGCGCUACUACGCUCCUGCCACCACCUCCAAGCAGAGCCCCGAGGCGGCGAACCCCUGCUCCUUCAUCCCCUACACCCCCGGAGGAAGCAUGUACGGCCCGUCGAACGCCGGCAGGUACUCGUCGUCGCUCCACCUGGGCUCCGUGCUGCCUCCGGCCGGGUUCUCCUCGUCCUCCGGCGGGCGCAGUCACUUCGGGCCGUCCUACCAGCUUGGGCAGAGUCCCGGCUGCAUCUAUCACCCGUACACCGGCUCCGGAACCGCUCUCAGCAACGUCACGCUGCCCGGCGGCGGCCCCGGGGCCAGGGCCCAGGUCUACCUCUGCAACCGGCCGCUGUGGCUCAAGUUCCACCGGCACCAGACGGAGAUGAUCAUCACCAAGCAGGGCAGGCGGAUGUUUCCUUUCCUCAGCUAUAACAUCACCGGUCUGAACGUGACUGCGCACUAUAACGUGUUUGUGGAGGUGGUUCUGGCCGAUCCAAACCACUGGAGGUUUCAGGGGGGCAAAUGGGUCACCUGUGGGAAGGCGGACAACAGCAGCCAAGGGAACAAAGUCUACAUCCACCCAGAAUCUCCGAACACAGGGGCCCACUGGAUGAGACAAGAAAUCUCCUUUAGCAAACUCAAACUGACUAACAACAAAGGGACCAGCCACAGCACAGCCCAGAUGAUUGUUUUGCAAUCGCUGCAUAAAUACCAGCCCCGGCUGCACAUUGUGGAGGUGACGGAGGACGGAAUCGAAGACAUCACCAGUGACCUGAAGACCCAGUGCUUCACCUUUCCUGAGACCCAGUUUAUAGCCGUCACUGCGUACCAGAACACCGAUAUUACACAGCUGAAAAUUGAUCACAACCCUUUUGCCAAAGGAUUUAGAGACAAUUAUGACUCGAUGUACACAGCUCCAGAGACAGACCGCCUCACCCCAUCUCCAACGGACUCACCCCGUGCCCACCAGAUUGUCCCUGGCACCCGCUACACAAUGCAGCCCCUCUUCCAAGACCAGUUUGUCAACAAUCUCCCCCAAAACCGCUUCUACAACUGUGAGAGAGCGGUCCCGCAAACCAACAGCCUUCUUUCUUCACAAACGGAGGAAGGCGCGUCGCAGAGGUGGUUUGUGACCUCCAUGCAACAGAGCGGAAGCGCUGCCAGCAACAAGCUCGAUCUCGCCCCCUAUGACGGGGACUACUCAAACUCCCUGUACCCGUACGGUAUCAAAUCACUGUCCAUGCAGACCUCGCAUGCGCUAAGCUACUAUCCAGACUCUCCUUUCACCACCAUGUCUGCAGGGUGGAGCACGAGAGCAGCGUACCAAAGAAAAGUCACCCCCAGUCUGCCGUGGUCUCCCAGACCUAGCCCUACUGCAAGUUUCCCAGAGGACUCAGACAAAGUCAAAGCGCACACAGAUGAGGAGGUGAACGGCAGUGAGGCCCUAAUCAGCUCUUGGACUGAGAGCCACCCUACAGCCGUCUCGCCAGACAAGACUGGUUCAUAUUCCAUGACUUGCAAACGACGGCGGUUGUCCCUUAAUGGCACGAGCACCGAGGACUCAGGCACCAAGUGUGGGGACCUAGUGUCUCCUGCCACCAACACUUCUUACAGUAAAGAAACCCCUCCAUCCAAAGGAAUGACAACUUACUAUCCCUUUUAUAGCAACCCAUGAGUUUUACUGCAGAGAAGGGCCUCACGCCGUGAAUUAUUCAUUCCCUACCAUUUUAGUUUUUGAAAUCUAAGGAACCUGUUGUUCCAUUUUUCUUUUGGAAAACAAGAGGUCAGCGUAUGACAUAAAAUACCCACACAUUUUCAAGAUGGAUGUGACCUUGUGACCUUGGGGAAAAGUGUUUUAUUAUUUUUUCUUUUGUUUUUGCCUGUAGCAUUUGUGGUACCUUCAUUAUAAAGAAAACAUGUUUUAUCGUCACACACACGUAUGCAUCUACUUUGACAGUGAGAUUAUGUGUUUACAGAUUAUUUAUUGAUGGGCUGUUCUUUAUGAAAUGUGUGCACUCUUGUAAGAUGAAAAAUAUGCUGUAUUUAACUUCUCUGCAGAGGUCAAAUGUUUGAUAAUAAAAAGCUUAUGUGUUCAAUUUUA